UUCUUUUUCUUUUUUUUCUUUUUUCUUUUUUUGUUUUUUCUUUUCUUUCUAUCUUCUUUUUAUAUACUAACAACAUUUUAUACCUCAAAUAAUGACCAAUGUACAAUUGAUUCAUCACCAAGAAACAGUCAAGGUACCACUAGAUAAAUCAACCUCUGUGUCUCUUUUAGAUUUCAUCCAAAGGAAUUGUCCUCACUUAUAUGGUCCUGAAGCUACUUAUCACCCAACACCUUAUCUCUUCAAUGGUCACUUACAAACGGCAUAUGCUGCUUAUUACAAAGGUACACUUAGUAUGGAUGAUAUCAAAUAUGAACGAGACUAUCUUCCUAUGAGUGAUGGUGGUCAGAUCGCUUUGGAUUGGUUCCCUGCUUUACCUAAAACAAAUGAUCAACCUCUUUUGGUGGAUACACCUACAUUGGUUUGUUUACAUGGUCUUACUGGAGGAAGUCAUGAAUCUUAUAUUCGAGGUUUAUUAGAAGUGGUUACAGCUGCUCCCUUCAAUUAUCAAAGCGUAGUGAUUAACAAUCGUGGUUGUGGCAAAAGUGAAUUGAAAACUCCUCAUUUAUUUUGUGGUGCGUAUACUGAAGAUAUACGGGUGGCAAUGAAACGAAUUCGAUCACAAUUGAAACCUGGCACUCCUAUGAUAGCUAUUGGCUUUUCUUUAGGUGCAAAUAUUUUAGUCAAGUAUCUUGGUGAAGAAGGUGAUAAGGUUCCUUUGACAGCUGCUAUUUCAGUUGCUAAUCCUUUUGAUUUUGUCAAUUCCGGUGAUCUUUUGGAUAAAACUGCUUUUAGUCGACGUGUAUACUCAGGAAGCAUGGCUGGCAAUUUACAAAGACUUGUUAGAUUACAUGAAACUGUUUUGGAGAAACAUGACAAAUACGACAGGGAAAAGGUGAUGAAUGCAACUACUUUACGGGAAUUUGAUGAACAUUUCACCAGCAAAUUCUUUGGUUAUUCUUCAGCAAGUGCUUACUAUCAUGAUGCCAGCUCUUAUCGAAAAAUUGAAAAUGUGCAGAUCCCACUAUUAUGUCUCAAUGCUCUGGAUGACCCAAUUGCUAAUGGUGCAUGCUUACCCAUCGAACAAGUGAAAGCUAAUCCAAAUGUUAUUCUUGCUGUCACCGCUCAAGGAGGUCAUAUUGGAUGGUUCGAACAUAUCAGACAACCUUCACGCUGGAUGAAUAAACCUUUGGCUGAAUUCAUCACUGCUAUGUUCCAAGUUCAUGAUCAACGAUCCUCACAUCAUAUCGAUCCCGCUGAUGUAGCUACGGAGGUGGAAGCCAUUGAACACGAAAAAGGAUUAGCUUAAUAUAGGAAUCAUUUAUUUACUUAGUCAUAGAAUAGAAAUUAGCAUAGUAGAAC